AUGAAGCUGUCCUUGGCUCUCGUCACUGUCCUGGCAACCUUCGCAGUUGCACUACCCCAGAAUAAAGCUGGGCAGGGAAACCAGGCUCAGGCCCAACAGCAGAAAGGUCAGGCGGCCAAGGGUGGCCAAGGUCAAGCCAAGGCACAAGGCAAUAAUGGAGCCGCUGCCGCCGGCGCAGCAGCAGCCAGCGAUGUGAACGCGAAGGCCAACAAUGGCGCGGACGGCAUCACUGCCGCUGCCAAGGUCGACGCUGCUGUAUUGCUAGCCGAUAACGGCGAUGCUGGUGCGCUCGACUCUGGUCCAGAUUUUGAGAAGGCUGUCCAGGCCAUCGUGGACUCUGGCAAACAAGCCGACAUCGACACCCUGAACGCUGCCGGUAUUGACGUCGCCUCUGUCACUGGGGGCGGCGGCAAUGCUGCCGCUGCUAAGCAAGGCGGACAGGCCCAAGCUGCCCAAGGCGGUGCGGCUGCUGCCACCGCCGCGAAGAAGGGAGGACAAGGCCAGGCAGCCAAAGGAGGGGCAGCCGCGGCGAAGCAAGGUGGCCAGGGCCAGGCUGCACAGGGAGCUGCUGCUGCUGCGGCCAAGCAGGGCGGACAGGCUCAGGCGGCUCAAGGAGCGAAUGCUGCUAAGAAGGGCGCUCAAGGUCAGGCCGCCCAGGGAGGAAAUGCUGCUGCUAAUCAGGAUGCUCAGGCGAAACAGGGUAACGGAGCCGCCAAGGCUGCCCAGGCCAAAGGAGCGGCAGCUGGCAAUUGA